AAAGAGACGCAAAAAAACAACAACAUAGAACAGCACCACCUUCUACUUUGGCAGACGAUCUAGAUUUAUCUAGGUCUAGAGUCUAGUCAAUAAAUGAGCUCUGUAGAGAAAUGUGGUUUAAUAAAUCGGUAGUUAAGUUACGAAUGCAGACCUGGACAUUCCUCAGUGAUCUUGUAGAUAUAUAGGCCCUAUCUCUACCUGCCUUGAAGUGAUCUCAAUCAGUUGAAACCGAAUCACCAGAAGACCAGCUUUGUGACAAGGCUCAGUGCCACGUGGCAUGGCAACCAUGUGGUCAUUCAGUUUUCUGUUGGUUCUGUCCGGGCUGGUAGCUAUAUCAAAAUGUGAAAAAAGGAUUAAGCUUGUGACAACCCGAGGGUUUCAGAUCUUCAUGGUUGGAGAGACCGUCGAGUUCGCCUGCUCCAUGCAAUCUUCUUCCAGGCCGGAAAUGACAAUUUUUAGUGAUUAUGAACCAAAACAGAAACGGAUCAAAACAGAUGAAAAAAACACGGAAGACGGGAUGGUGUUCUAUAUGUACAUGUCAUUUAUUGCUAGUUCAAUAGACAACGCUAGGACAUUUCUCUGCCGAGUUAUGGAAAAUACAGAAACAAUACAUUCUGAUCCAUUCCUGAUCAAUAUCGGCAUACCGCCAAACCCCCCUGUAGUGACCGGUCCAAUGAAGGUAGUAGUUGGCAAAGAAUACACAUGGUCGUGCCUUACUGAUGGAGGAGGCUUUUACUCUCCCAAGAUUACAUUUUUAACAGCGGAUGAAACCUCUUUGUUGGACAGUUUCGGCGUCUCGUGGUCAGAGUACAGCUCCUUCAAGAUUAUCCCAAACCAGAACUACGUUUAUACCAAAAGGCUAACCAUCAUCAUGAGCGUCUUCCAGACCCCUUUCAGCUUCAUGUGCGAAGUAAUGCAUCCUUCCCUGCUGAAAGUGAAGUGGCAAAGGGUCAUGAUCAACCUCACAUCAGAAUACAACGGUAUGCCGUCACCAAGCAACUCAUUGUUAAUUGAUACUGAGAAAAGCUUGUCCUUGAUGAAAUCCGACAAAAGGUCCAAGUGUAAUGUCGCCAUGAUGUCCCAUAUAGAUAAUUUCAUCUACCUCGGAACCCUAAGAGAGGAUAACACGCUACCAUGGCCUGAGCUCGUCAAGAUAACCGGAGUGGAGUUAUCCACAGCCAGUGGCUUUACCGGGAAUCUCUGCGUGUUCAUGCUUGACCAGAAAGAUUGCAACGAAGAGCAGAGCACAAUGCGGAAACUCUGUUACUGCAACGCAUACAACGCCGCGUUGCAGGAGUACACCGUCAUCAUCAACUUCACCUCCAAAGCCCAGUUCUCCCAAGGGAAGAUAGCGCUGUGGAAAGGCCACCCUUACUUCGAGAGAACGUCCUGGGUGAUGCUGAUGAAAGUUAUAGAAUCCAAGCAAUUCGCCUGUACUGGCUCCUUGUUGGGAAACGCAAAAACAGCAAAGUCCGAAAAUUCAGCAACUCCACUAAAGGAUGGCUCUGUCUUCGACAUGCUGUUCACCCUGCUAUUUACAGUAUCCACAGUGCUCCUCAGUAGCCAGUGACGCCUCAUGGAAGAGUCCAUAGUCCAUCUAAAUUUACUUUUGUCUACGUUGAACACUGAAGGAUUCAAUUCUUUUGUGCAGGCCACACCUAUGAAUCUAUUUUUUUUUCACGAGGCAGAGUUCAGUUUGGGUGUUCGCUGUUGUUACCAUGCUCAUGUUCCCUGGGAACUGUUGCAGAGUUCAGUUUGGGUGUUCGCUGUCGUUACCAUGUUCCUGUUCCCUGGGAACUGUUUGUUUAUUGGUUCAUAACUAAACAGAUUGAGACAAGGUUUAGCUAAUAUGGAGUGUCAUUUUGGCGUCGUGGAUUCAUGAAAGCAACAUUACAAGCAGAAGUUUUAAAAACAAAUUUUAUCCAGAAAUAUCCAUCCUUGCAAUAUAAGCGAAGCUGUCGUGUCUGUGUAUUGACUACACAGUACAGCGAGAUGUCCUUUUAUUUUAUAUCUAAAUUUUAAAAAAGGAUUGUCAUUCUAUUGUAUAUGAAGGUACAUCUCUGUAAAGCACUCUAGUCAUUGCGCAAAAUGUAUUUUAAACGACAGCCACCAUCGGGCAAAACAAAAUCAAUGUUUUUAUAUUAAACAUUUGAUAAAAAUUCGUAAUCGACUUAAAUAUUCAUUUUUUCACACGUAUUUUAAUAUGUUUUACCAAACAGUUUAGAAACGUAGAAAUGUAAACUUUUUUUUUCUUUCUGGGAUUCGAAAACAACAACAAAUGUUAUAGUAGGAAUGUUUGAUUUUAUAACAUAAUCAAAAUAAAAGACAUUGCCCUUCUACUGAAAUAA